AGUUGCGCCCAGGAUUUUCUCGGAAUUGCCAUCACUAUGUAUAAAUCGAGGCACAGUGUACGGGGAAGGUUUGGGACUUGUUUUAUCGCUCCACGAAACUCAAGCUAUAGCUUCAACAGAAAAUGGGAGUAAAAAUAGUUUACGAAACUGUUGACAAAACUGAUCCUAAUGCAAGAGAACAGGGAAGGCAAGCAGCAAGAGCAGAAAAUGCUAGACUGGUCAGGCAGAUGGAGGAAGAACUACGUCAGAUGAAAGAAAGAGAGCUCAGCUCAGCUUUAGAAGACGUGAGACUCCAAAACCUGAGAGACGCUCACGGUCGAGCAGAAGCAAAGAGAAGAGAAGAAGAGCUCAAGGCUGAACGAUUGAGGGAGGAAAAGGAACAGAAAGAAAAGAUUGCUUGUACCAAGAUGAAGGAGGAUCUUUUGAGUUACGAAUUUGGUAAUAAAUUAUCGAUAGAGACCUUUAAAGCUCAAGACCUGGACGUCAGUGAUAUGAAGAGAGUUGUUAUUGCUCUGUUUGGUCCCACUGGCUCAGGAAAAACAAGCUUCAUUGGCACCGCCGAGAGGACCCUACUGGGGUCUGAUAAUCAAACAGCGUUUGAACAAGGUGCUGGUGCAGAGGGUACAGUGCUUCUUCAGGAGUUCCUCUCAUUAUUGAAAAUAAACCUUCUGGAUACAAGAGGUUUUUGGAAUAUCGAGGAUGACACUCUGGCAGAAUGCCUUGAUGUUAUGACCGGCAAGACACGAGAAGGUGACGUCAUUUUUCGUAACUAUGACAACGACGAGCUUGGCGAGGGAGCUGAUGUUUCUGCUCGAUCUAUGGCUAAAUUUGGAGAUCGGGUCCACGCUGUGAUUUUCGUGAUACAGGCCCAUGAUAGACGAUUGAAGGAAGGGACCUAUCUGGAAAGAAUGAAGAAGAUUAGAGAUCACUUCAGGUUUCAGGGUUACAGCCCCAUCACAGUCAUCACGUGUGAAGACAAAAUCAAGAAUGACGAUGAUAGAGAAAUUGCCUUCCAAGAAGCCUCUGCUGCCACAGGGAGCCCAAUAGACAGGACUUUCUUCAUCACUAACUAUACCAGCCAGAAGAAUGWCUACUCUCUACAGACCGAGAAACAAGUCUUGGAUGUCUUGGAUACUGCUCUGCUCUCUGCUGAGAGGUUUGUCAAUAUUCAGAAGUUGCGGGAAAUGCAUCAUGGGGGAUCUGAUGGCGCAGAAGCGAGCAGUGGAACUAGCACUAGCGAGACAGUAAAGCAGUUUUUCAAGCGUCUUCAGGCUGAGUACAAAUGGCCCGAUGACAAAGUUCACGCCAUCGUAAAACAACUUGAAGAAAACGAAAUCACAACAGUUGAUGUUCUGAAAACAAGCUGGGAUGACGUGAAGAAAGAAGUGAAGAUGACAAUAGGAAUAAGACAAGGAGUGGAGAAGGCUAUGUGAGAUAAAGUUAUGAUGCAUCUGAAGAUCUCUAGACACUAAUAGACUGAUAAAUUAAAAUUAAAAUUUGCAAGCCACGUGUAAUUCCCAUGAAAAAAGAAAAAAAAUAUUCCUUGUUUGGAUCUAAUAAAUCAAUUGUCGCUCUUUGAGACCAGAGAACAAAAGAAAUGGUAUUCAAGAGAAUGCGCAGUUUAACUGGAAAAGGUGAUUCAUUGUGUCUUUUUGAACAAGAUUUUGCAAUGCAUAUUAUAUGACAAUUAUUCAAAAAAAAAAAAAAAAAAACCA